GGUUAGUACCGGUAUCGAUAUAUCGAAUAUCGAACUUUGAUAUUAUACUCCUACAGAAAACAGGGACUUUCUUCGAACUUUUUUGAACUUUUCCAUUCGAAAUGAGAUGUUUUAGCGAUAUAUUUUUCUCAUUAUUUUAGAUUAAUCAUUAUUGUUGAAUUAACUGUAUUAUUAUUCCUUAAAAUAUUUUUAUUAUUCAAAUCGUCAAAAGAUGUCGUGCCGCCAGUUCUUUGUCGUCAGCGUCAAGGACAAGUUCUGUAA